CAAGAUGUGUGUAACUAUUUUAUCAUCAACUUAGCUAUAGCAGAUGGAUUAAUAGGUAUUCUGGAGAUAUAUAACGGUUUAUACACCUUACUGGAGUGGAAAGAUGUACACGAGUGUCUCUUACGCUACGGAAUAGUCAAUGGCUUAAAUAUGGCCUCCGUUUUAAAUAUAGCUUUAUUAACAAUUGAUAAAUUUAUCAAAAUCAAAUAUCCCUUCAAAUACCAUUUUUAUGUGACGCCAAAGAGAGUGAAAAUUUUGACGAUGCUAGUGUGGAUAUUUGUGUUAACGUUUUCUGCUUUACCAGCUAUUGGCUGGAGCAAU